AUGCCCACCGACUGCCCAGUAGAAGUGGGCACUAACUCAUCUACUGCUGUCAUUCGGUCGGCAGGAGCUUACGGUUACAUAUAUUAUGCCAGCUUAUCGACCGGCGAGUCAUAUGCUGUUCAGUUAUUUCUCACCUUACUGGCCUUGUUCGGUGUGGGUCUCACCGUGGUCAUGACUGUCACACAUUUGUGUGCCAUCUACUUUGCACGUCACCAUAUGUACCGGACCACACCUGUUCGGGAUCUUGGUCCUUGCCCAGAACUGAGACACGUUUGGCAAAGGCGAUUUACCGCCGCUCGGUCAUAUCGCACCUUUUGCUCAAUUCCAUCUUGGCAAUCAUGUUCCAGGUCCUCAGAUUCUGCCUCUGGUGUGCCUCCUUUCAUCACCCAACCGGAAACUCUCACAAUUCCUUUCUUACAGGCACCAAAAAUAAUCGUCAAAAUGCCAGAUUUGCUGGAUGGUAUUAUGCAACCGUCAGCAAUAAAGCCCAUAUCAUAUCCAGGCGUUUCGAUAAUCAAGCCAUUAUCUGGUGUAGAUACCAACCUCGAAGUGAAUCUGGCUUCCUAUUUUCGUCUGGACUAUCCAACCUACGAGGUUCUCUUUUGUGUAUCAGACAGCCUGGAUCCGAGUUGUAAACUUGUACAUCGGUUACAGUCUGUCUAUCCCAAUGUGCCUUCCCGGCUGAUUGUGGCCAAGAAAGUGUAUGGCAUCAACCCGAAGAUCAACAAUCUUCAGGCUGGAUACGAAGCAGCACGUUACGAUUUGUUGCUCAUAUCCGAUUCCGGCAUUUGGAUGCGUUCGGAUACACUUACAGAUAUGGUUGCCUGUUUAAAAUCUGAUGCAAACGUGGGGUUGGUUCAUCAGAUGCCUUUUAUGGCUCCUUACCUUGCAGCUGUGCGUGCUUUCAUGGAUCCAACAUCCCCAUUUCCACUUGUUUCUUCAUCCAGCUGGAGCCCACUAUCUGAUCGUCCUUCUUUUGCAUGGAUCUUGCAGCUAGUUUUCUUUGGAUGUUGGCAUGCUAAAAUCUAUCUUUUUGCCGCAUUUUUGGACAUUAAUUGUGUGACCGGAAUGUCGAUCCUACUGCGAAAACCCGUGUUGAGUCCACUUGGAGGAUUCGUCAGAUUCAGUCGCUAUUUGGCUGAGGAUUUUUUCAUUUCCAAAUACUUCAUCGAUCAAGGCUGGCAAAUCCGCCUGGCUCACCAACCGGCAUGGCAAAAUUCCUUGUCCACUUCGGUUAGUCAAUUUCACUCACGUAUUAGUCGAUGGUCACAACUUCGGCUGACGAUGGUAAUCGUGGCCUACAUCUUGGAACCCUUAUCCCGCUGCUUUCCGGCCGCUAUUCUCGGUGCCUUUGGAUUUUCUCACUUCCUUCCAAAUACCAUAGAUCCCGGAGUGUUUUUCCUGUGCCACAUACUAAUUUGGUUCUUAUUUGACUACAUCCUACUUCUCAAUCUCUAUCCACCAUGUAUGCAACUGUGUAUAACCAAACUGGAAUAUUUGGUAGCCUGGAUGUUCUCAGAAUUAACAGCGGUACCAUUUCAUUUCAGUGUGAUUUUCAAAAGAGACAUACAGUGGCGCAACAAACGAUAUCGUGUUCACUGGGGUGGUGUAUCCGAACAAAUCAUACUCUCCGCGGAUCAGACGGAUAAAUGUGCCGGCGAGGCGGUAAGUAGCGCUAACACGACAAUGCACUUAUAA